AUGGACGGACCAGAGUGCUGUCCUGAGAUGGACACUGACCUGCACACUGGGCUCACCGCGAGCGCGGAGAUUCUCAAGUGGAAGGCGGUGGCGGAGGAGAGCCUGGAGGCAAAGCGCGUGCUGACCGCCAGGUGCAGCGAACUGCAGGCCCAGCGCGACGAGUCGAUGUCCAUCAACAAGGACCUCGUGGCUGGCUUCAAGCACGUGACCGCGCAGCUCUCGCUGACCCAGAAGCAGGUGCAGGAGCAGCAGCAGCGCCUGGCGGCGAUGCAGGCGGCGCUCAUUGCGGUCAGGGCCGCAAUCGAGCCCGAGGGCGGCGAGGGGGCCGCGCCGGCGCGGUGGGGCGGCGCGGCGCAGAGGCAGGCGCAGGCGGGCGCGCGGACCGGCGCGGCAGGUGGCGACCUGUCAGAGCAGCACAUGGCCCAGCUGACGCAGCUCAGCGGCCAGAUGGCGCGCGACGCGCAGAGAGAUGAUGAGAGGAGGGAACUGCUGAAGGCCCAGCUGCUGGGCGCCGGCGCCGGCGCCAGCAGCAACGGCAACGGCGCCGCGGCAGCGGCGGCGCCGGUGGCGAAAAGCGGCAGCAAUGGGAGCGGCAACGGCAACGGGACGGCGGCUCGCGGCGCAAUGGCGGCCGCCAACGGCAAGGGCGUCCCCGCUGCGGCGGCGAGCGAGGCCGCCUAA